GGCCAGGACAAUUCGAGGCUCCGUCAUUGCCAUCAAUUCCACGCCCACCAUGUUGUCGAGACAAGCAUUGCUCCGCUCCAUGCGGACCGCAGCUCCCCAGCGAGCCAUCCUCUCCCAGACUCGGUCCUUCGCCGCCCCGGCCGCCGCCGCCGCCAACGAGACCAUCAAGCCUCCCGUUGCCCUCUUCGGUCUCGACGGCACCUAUGCCACGGCUCUGUACGCCGCAGCCGUAAAGACCUCGACCCUCGAGCCGACGGCCAAGGCCCUCGGCGCGCUCGGCAGCCUGGUCGAGCGGGACCCCAAGCUGUCGACGAUCCUGUCGGCGCCGACGCUGACGGCGGGCGACAAGGGUGCCAUCAUCGCCGAGCUGGAGAAGAGCGUCGGCGCCCCCGGUGAGACGGUCCGCAACUUCCUCCGCACCCUCGCCGAGAACAACCGCCUCGGCCUCCUUGGCGGCGUGUGCUCCAAGUUCGGCGAGCUCAUGAGCGCCGCGAGGGGCGAGGUCGAGAUGGUCGUCACGAGCGCGCAGCAACUGGACAACAAGACUCUCUCCCGGCUCGAGGCGGCCGUCUCCAAGUCCAGCUACGUCGGCCAGGGCAAGAAGCUCAAGGUCACCAACACCGUGAACCCCGACAUCGUUGGCGGAGUGGUUGUCGAGAUUGGUGACCGGACCAUCGACCUCAGCGUCUCGUCGAAGAUGGCUAAGAUGAACAAGCUCCUGACCGACGUCCUGUAAAAGUAUUUUCCUUUUUGUUACCCGAAGUCGGUUCGUGAUCGGGGCAGGCGGGUCUCGUGUGCGGUCAAGCGUCUGCUUGCGCAGGAGGAGGAGAGGACGAGUCAUAGAAGGAGGAAGCUGUGUAUACGACGAGUCCUGAAUAGAGAGACAUUUCCCCCAUUUCAUCGCCUGAGCGUGAGUCAAAUGUGUGACGGAUCGUGAUUGUAGACAUCCAUCGACAAGUAUCUCGGGUGAGAAAACGAUUUGAUCUUCUAUGUUGGCGCCGUUUAUAUUUACCACACGAAUGAUAUAUCGGGAGAGAAGUUAGAGAUUUAAUCAUGAUCGCCCUCGUUGUCC